CUGAAAAUUUCCACGAAGCUCUUAACUAAGGCAUUGCCCCCACAACACAAUAAAGUCCAUAAGCCCCAACUCACAUCUACAAAACAGAGGCAAAGUGUCAAACUCCACUUUGAAACUUUACAAGGGACCGAACAUAAUCGAAUAAAAUAUGACGAGAGAGUACGACAAUUGGGAGCGGCUCGUUCGAGCCGCCCUCCGUCGAGAGGAGCUCUGGCGGCUUUGCCACGACCACUCGAGGACUCCUAGCGGCGGCUCCACGUCAACAGCUUCACCUGGCUCAACCUCCCCUGCCCCCGAGACUCCACCGGGCCACCGAGCCCAAUCACUCCUGAGCGACCCAUUGGGCCGACCCGGCCCAAAGAAGGACGACAAGCAAAUAAUCAUGAUGAGGAGAAAGAAAUCGAUCAUCCGUUUGGACCGUUGGAUCUUGACACGUUGGCUUUCGGGCACUUUUACUAGUAGCAAGGUUGCGGAGGAAGUCCCGGACAGGCGCUAAAUCGAUUUUAGUACAUCUAUUAUGUGACUGAUUGAUAUUAUUAGCAGCUGCCUUGUCUUGUUAUGAGUCCAAAAGGCACAUUCAAUAUCUUAAUUUGAUGUGUGAUCGAGUAUGGGAAGGACUUACGACAACUGGGGAAGGUUAGUAGAGGUCGUUAUGCUUCGAGAAAAGCUUCGAAACCUUAGUUUAUCCGAAUCGAGGAGCCCAAGCACGCGAUCAUCGGAUUCAGAUUAUAGUUCUCUCUCGAGUUCUUAUUGGUUUGAUGAGAGCUCAUCCUAUAGAGCAACUCCAUCGCCUUUAAAAAGUAGCGGAAAACGAAAGGUGGCCUCAAAAAGAAGAGUUAAUGCUAUGUGGAAAGGCCUAUCGAUCUUUGGUGGUUUCUCUCACAAGAAGGAUAAUGAUAGAGAGGAAGGAGAACUCAAGUGGCUUGAAGUUCACAAAACAUUACACGGCCCUGAAAUCGCAAGAUUAUUACACUUAGUGAUAGACAUUGAUGAGGUGGAAGCUGUGCAGGAGGAUCCCACCUUUCUCUCAGAAUCGCUUAUGGCUUCAAAGCGGAUCUUGAAGGAGCUCAAGGAUCUUCAGAAGGAUCCUCCUACCUCUUGCAGCGCUGGUCCCGUGGCUGAGGACAUGUUCCAUUGGCAAGCUACAAUCAUGGGCCCUCCGGACAGUCCAUAUACUGGUGGAGUUUUCUUAGUCACCAUUCAUUUUCCUCCUGACUACCCGUUCAAGCCUCCUAAGGUUUCUUUCCGGACGAAAGUUUUCCACCCAAAUAUAAAUAGCAACGGAAGCAUAUGCCUCGACAUAUUGAAGGAACAAUGGAGCCCUGCCCUAACUAUUUCUAAGGUAUUGCUAUCCAUAUGCUCUUUGUUGACCGACCCAAACCCUGAUGACCCGUUGGUGCCCGAGAUAGCCCAUAUGUACAAAACCGACAAGACCAAGUACGAAACUACUGCAAGGAGCUGGACUCAGAAAUAUGCCAUGGGCUAGCUGUGUUUUAAUAAUGAACCGUGAUUUGGACCCUUUUCGAACAUUUCGGUUUUUAUCUUUUAUUUACUGAAUAGGCUAAUGCUUUGUUGAAGCUCUAUAUCUGGACUCAAGUAGUGGUCCAGGAUGCUGGCUUAAAGAAGAAAAAGAGCCAUUGCUUUCAACUGGUUUGUAUGUGUAGUUGAUAUUUGCUUGUGUUAUUUUAACAAUUAAUAUCCCCUGCUUGCUAUCAAGUUUAUUUUCUUUUUGA